AUGUCUUUCAAGAAGACUAAAUACCUCGAACACUUAGAAAAGAAGCCAGUUCCUAUCUUGGGCAUUGGCUUCAUGAAGUGUGCAACAAAUCCAAAGGUCGUGAACCUUGGAACAGCCGAGAAUCACCUUCUUGACGACUUCCUUGUUCCACUUUGCCAGAGCCGACCUGAGUUCACUGCCGACCAUUUGACAUAUGGAGGUGGAAUGCAUACAGAAAAUCUUCGUAAAGGCCUCGCAAAGCUUUAUGAAGACCAUCUUGGAAUGAAGAAUGUCAACCCAGAUCAGAUUCUCUUCGGAAGUGGCAUUUCGCAUCUUGUUGAAAGAAUUUCCUUCGCAUUCUGCGAGAAAGGCGACUUAGUUCUCAUUCCAGCACCAGCAUAUGGUUGCUUCGAGCCAGAUAUGUAUCCUUGCGGUUGCGAUUUCCAAUACAUCGAUCUCAACAAUCUUCCACCCGCUCCACCUGAGAAUGCGAAGAUUCUUCUUCUUACAAACCCUGGAAAUCCAAUUGGUGAAAUAAUUCCAAACAUCUCUGAAGUUCUCAAAUGGGCGUUCCAGAAUCCAAAUCUUCACGUUUUUACAGACGAUGUUUACGCAUUGUCAAUGCGUGGCCAAACAUACACUUCAAUCAUGUCACAUCCAGACGCAGAUCCACUCAGAACCCAUCACCUCUACGGUAUUUCAAAGGAUUGGGGCAUGGCUGGUUUCCAUAUCGGUAUCUUCUACACACCAGUCAAAGAAGUUUUUCAGGCUGUCAAAACAUGCAUGGGUUGCUACUGCAUGGGCAGCGAUACAUGCCAGAUUCUCGAACGUAUAUUCUGCGAUUACGAACUCAGAGAUAAAAUGAUCCAGACAAGCAAAGAUCGCCUUAUUAAGAAUCUCGACAUUACGGAAAAAGCUCUCAAAGAGGGCGGCAUCGAGUUCUUACACUGCGAUGGAUCACUCUUCAUCAUGAUCAAUCUCUCUGACAUCGCUCCAGACGUUGAAUCCGAAAAGAGCCUUUGGCUCGACCUUAUUGAAAAGCAUAAUGUCCACAUCCUUCCAGGUGCCAAUGGAUUCAAGUAUCCAGUCCCAGGUUGGUUCAGACUUUGCUUCUCAGUCACAGAAGAAAACCUUGUUCUUGGACUCAAGUAUCUAGUUGAUGGCGUUAAAACUAUCAGGGCUGAAAAAUCUAAGUAA